AAAUUAUAGAAAUAAACAAAGGGCCAUAACUUACUAAAAAUUUGUUGAACCAGUCUGAUUUUCAGGGGGACACAACUAGGGUACCAAUACAUCAUUCUGACAAAGUUUGGUCAAAAUCCCCCUGGUAGUUUCUGAGGAGAUGCGAUAACGAGAAAUUGUUAACGGAAGGACGGACGGACGGACGGAAGGACGCCGGACCACGGACGCAGAGUGAUUUGAAUAGCCCACCAUCUGAUGAUGGUGGGCUAAAAAUACGGGAGAAAAAGUCUCCGGCGGGAAAUAUGGCAUGUAUGUGAAGAUUUAUUUUCAAAUUGGUAAUUAAAUCCACAUUUUUUUUCGAUACAGGUAUCACACGUGCUGAUUACAAGAAAGCUGUAGAUGAAGACAGGGACCUUCAGUUUAUUUGCACUCCAUGUGAGUCCCGGUUGCCACCAGAAGAUGAGGAGCCAGGAGAUGAAGUGAAUGAAACACCUGAGGUAAUAAUAAUAACCACAAUUUGAAGAAUUUUGUUUCACACUGAGUAUAAUAGGUAGAAAAUACACUGAAUGAUAAAUUAUACUUUACCCUUAUGCUGGAUACAAUUUAUCUGCCUUUGUGAUCAGUGCAGAUCAUGAUCAGCCUGCACAUCCCUGCAGUCUGAUGGGUAUUUGCAUUUUUCGCCAUUCAGUCAGUUUCUUUUAGGUUAAUUUACAAUUAUGAAGAGAUUAGCUGUAAAAUUGAAAUCUCUGCCUCUUUUGUAGAAUUAAUUCAUUAUUAAAACAAAAAAUAAAAAAUUUUAGGUCCUAUGUUUUACUUAUUGUUGUUACAGGUAGAGGUAAUGGAUGUUGAGGCUGAACCAGGUAGUGAUGACAGGGUAGACCAGCUCAAUCAAUCCUUUACGGUACCUGAAGAUGAGGAAUCCAAUGCUUCCGAAGACCGUGACAUUGAGGCUGACCAGAGUAUUGAGAUUGAAACACCCAUUGAACCAGGAGUACAAGAAAGGUAAAUUAAUAAUCAUAACAAAUGAUAAGUAUUUAAAUAUGAUGAUGACUGAUUAGUGACUGAUAUGAUGAAAAGUAACCUAUGAUGAUAAUUAUGAUAACCUAUUACAUUUUCAUUCUGCUAAAUGAAAAUGUUGUUAAUUAUCUUGUUGAAAUGGUGAUAACAUUUUCACAUUAUUUCCACACAAAAUUGUGACAAAAAUAUUGAUGAGCAGCUAGUAACCUAUGAUGAUGAUGAUAACCUAUUACAGUUUCAUUCUGCUAAAUAAUAAUGUUGUUAAUUAUCAUGUUGAAAUGUGACAAAAAUAUUGAUAUUUUAGAUCCUUUAUUGAGGAACCUCUUUCUGAGUCAAUAAUUGAUGAGCAGCCUGUAACCUAUCAUCUACUUCCAAAGGGCAGCAAGUUUGGUAACCCUAUCCUUGUAGCUACAGAUGGCUAUGCAUACAGUUUGCUGAAACAGCUGAAGAAUGGAGGAACGGUGUGGCGAUGCAGUGUGCGCAGCAAGGCAUGUAAGUGUCAAGCUAAGGUAACCGGAAUGGGUGAAGAGUACAGGCGAAACAACACUGCCCACUCCCAUACAGCUGAUCCCAGUCUGCUCUACAAGAAGGAACUGGACAUUAAGGUGAAAGAUGAGGCUAGUCGUCAUGUGUUCCGUUCUGCUUGUGAUAUAGUGAAGACAGCGAUGAGUGAUCGAGGGCAGCUUCCAAACCCACCAAAGGUGACCAAUAUGCAGAGGAAGGCCAACAGACAUCGUCAGAGGCUGAAGCAAGAAGGUCUGAUGCCAAGAUAUUUGAGUACUGGGAUGAUUACUCAGCAAAGAAGAUAUCCGCUACCUCCUUGCUGAGGAGAAUUAGUAGAGUGUACUGUACGGUCCUGCAGAGUAUGUAGUAUGAACAUUAAAAAGGAAUUCAUGUCAGUGGUGAUUGAAUUAGGACUGGAUAUGUGAUAUUAAAUUAAUCAAAUAUUUUUUUUCAGAAGUACUUACUUAUGUGUCAGUGAUUACAUCAGGACUAACUUCACUGUGAUAAUAUGUGUAUGAAAGUGGUGAUACUUGUUAAAAAAAAUAUGUGCUAUUAAAUAUAAAUUUUUUUUUUUUCAAAUUUGCUUAUUUUUGAUAGGAAGAUUUUAAUAAUGUAUAAUAUAAUAAAAUAUAUGAAAAAAACUAGUAUUUCCUUAUUAAUUCAUUAAUGAAUUAAGAAUGACGCUGUCUGUCUUUAGUUACACUUUGUCUGGAAUGUAGAAUGUGUAUCAAGUGUCAGUUGUAAA